AUUUCCAUAUAAAAAUAAGGGCGUUGCUGGAUGUAAAGUCAGAAUAGAAUCUGGGUUCGAACAAUCAACACAGCUUAGUUUUCUGCAAAAUACAAAACGACAACAUGAAAUUCCUUGGCGCUGUUUUGUCCACCUUGGCCUUAGCCUUGGGUGUCCAAUCUUCAGUACUUCCAGUGUUCACAGAAGUUGCUGGCGGAGGCCUAUCCUACACUGCAGUCUCUUCUCCUGUCCUGCCUUCCCCUUGGGCCGCAUGGCCACAUGCUGCUGUUGCCGUUCAUGCCGCUGUACCUAGUGUCGCUGUGCAUGCUCCAGUCGCUGUACCCGCUCCCGCACCCGUUGUUGUUCCUGCUGUUCAAGGCUCGUAUGUGGCUCAAACUCGUGGGGCCGUACAUACCGCACCUUUAGCUGGUCACGUCAACUCUGUGGCUAAUGUUAAUUUAGCUCCUGCUCCCGGAACUCUCUAAAGUGUUGUGUUCGAGACCAUUGGAUUAUUCUUUGGAAUUUACUGCAGGGUACACUUAGCAACUUAGUUCAAACUGUCAGCAACCUUCAUACUACCAUAGUUAAUUAUGCACGAACUGUUUCCAUUAUCACAUAUUUAAGAAUUUUGUUCGCCAUUCCUUAUGAUUUCAUCUACUUUCUGCUGUCAUUACUAGUUUCUUUUCCUGUGAAUAAAGCAAUUACUGUCAAAAGUAAAUAAAAUACUAAAAUAUA